AUGAAGCAUACAACACGUCUGCUCCUCGCCGUUAUCGACCUCGCUUUAGGAAAUGUCAUCUCCGUAAGCGGUAAAGUUCAUGGAAAGCCGACACCAGCCGUUCAAGUCAACUCUGCGUCUGGGACCACCAUUGGAUCUGGAUACUGCGAGUAUUGGAUGACGAACGAAGAUAGUGGCAACUGCAUCCUCGCAGCAGAUGUCGGUUCAGACGGACAAGUUAACCUCCGUGAAGCGUAUGCAACUGGCGGAAUGGGUCUUCAUGGGAUCAACGGAGGGAAUACUGGCCCAGAUGGACUUUUUGGGCAAGGUCCUGUAGCUGUGAGCAAUGUGACGAACAUGCUCGUUGCGGUCAACCGGUUUUCCUUCAUUUCCAUCAACCCUUCUGACCCAAGCAAUCUUUCGCUGCGGAAAGUGGUGGCCAGUGGCCCACGUCAGUCACGUUCAACAAUGAACGGAGGCGAGGUUAAUGGCAUCAGCUGUUUUCCCGUACACCAAACUUCCGGGUUAACACCUCUGGCCGACACCGCCCGCUACCUCGGUAUCAACCAAACCACACCUGCUGCUGGACCCACGAACACCGUCAGCCAGAUCCUCUUUUCCUCUGACUCUUCAAAGCUUCUCGUGGCUUACUCUGGUACGACACCCACUGCCCCAGGAUAUCUUGGGUACUAUGACAUCGGUCUAUCUCCUUCUGGUGUUUUACCGUUCUCCAUCACAUCAGUUCUGGGCCAGGAAGCGUAUGCUUAUGUCGUCGCGGAUCCCGCGCUUGGUUUUGAAGUUUUCGAUCUCACUGGCGUGAACCAUUCGUCGGCUGCGGCGAUCAGUGGGCAGGGUGCGACCUGGUGCGACUUGCUGCAGGGAAGGAUUUUCGAGAUCGCGUUGAUCGAUAGUCUUAUCAGGUCCUAUCCCAAUCAAUCAGAUGCGGGAUUUUUAUCCCUGAGAAAUCCUGUGUAUGCCAUAGGAUUCCACAUGGCCAAACCGGGGCUAAACAAGCUCAUCCAGCUGAGCAAAUGUCGGAAGCAUGUUCGAACUUAG